AUGUGGUACCAGGGCAUGCACAAUGCGCUCAGCUACCUUGGGCUUGUGAAUCUGCUGCUGCUCAACCUGCUCAAGGAAAAUAUGCUCAAGCACCUUGAAGCAAAGAAAAACAAGAAUCAGAUGGAGCACAAAAAGAGCCGAAAAUUGAGCCAGACCCUGCAGGAUCUCAAGGUACGUUGUGACUUCAGCUACUUCAGCGACGGGAUGACUGUCUGCGAGGCUCGGAGGCUCCACGAGAGCAAGCUGUGCCUAGAGGGCGGCGGUCCUGUGCUGCUGGUCAACGGUGCCCUGAACCCCACGACCAGGACUGCACAGCACUGGCACAGCGUGUGGAGCACCACAUGCUUUGGCGGUGGCGCCAUUGCCCCGCUGUCCAAGCUGGAGGAGAAGGCAACCCUCUACGCAGCUCAAGGCACUGGCGUGACGGUGAGCCGGAGCGAUAGCAGCACCUGCUGGGCGGUUCUCGUGGUGACCCCGAUCAUGCAGCGGGCCCAAGCACUGGACGUGGCGAAAGACAUCGUCUUCAUACACUCCACGUCCUCUUGCUACACGACCAGAUGCACCGUCUCGGUGGUGCUCGUGGCAACGAUGGCUGGCACCGUCCCCGUCGCAGGACUAGUCCACAACGAGCAGAGCACCGAGGGGUACCUGACUGCGUUCAAGCUCCUCCGUGACUCCCACCCACUUUGGUUUGAGGCCCAUCCGUUCAUUUUUGUUAUCGUCGCCGAGCAGUGA